UAAUUGACUUUGCUGCUAAUUAAAUAGCAAAAAAACUCAUAACAAAUGCCAAGGCAACUUAAGGCACGGGAUCCACAAAGGAGUAAAAAUUCAGCAAAUUAUGUUAGUUGAGCAACGAUAAAAUUCAAUUUAACUUUUGUAUUCAUGAGAAAACAUCUACUAAAUAAUACCAAAAGGAUAUUAAAUAACUGAUAAAGGAUAAAGGCAACAGAAUCAACCUUCUGUAAAGCAAACAAACUGAAAUAACAGAAAACAAGAAGAAAAAAUCUAUCACAAAAACAUAAAUCCACACAAAUAUUUAUGUCCUUACGUUUGUAUGCAGAUAUGUGUGUGUCGGCGUCUAUGGAAACGUAGCUUAGAAUCCUUUUUGUAUAAAAUAAAAACACACAAAAACAAAAAAACAAAACAACAAAAAAAUAUAAACUGUUUGAACAAAUAAAAAUCAUAAUAAAAAAUACUCCAAAGGCAGUAUUAGAAAAACAAUGGGUGAAAAUCAAAUUUCUGGCAGUGCACAUUCCACUGCCAGUUCCAUAGCUGCCAUUCUACAAAACGUAUUAACAACGACAACAACAACAAGUUCCAAUUUAGUUGCCGGCGGAAUCGGUACGGCGGAAUCAGAUGGAACGGAAGCUCCGCCCGACCCCUUCGUAAAGCUUCGCAGACAAUGUUACGAGCGCUUAAACAAAACAGCAACGAAUUACGUUGCAGGAAAACUCUGUCCUGGCACAUUUGAUGGUUGGCUUUGUUGGCCGGAUACAGCUGCUGGCACUUCCGCUUACGAACCUUGUCCGGAUUUCAUAAUAGGUUUCGAUCCAUUAAGGUAUGCACACAAAGAGUGUGAUGAGGACGGAGAAUGGUUUAAGCAUCCACUAACAAACAAAACCUGGUCCAAUUAUACAACCUGUGUAAAUCUGGAUGAUUUAGAGUGGAAGCACAGCAUUAAUCUUAUAUCUGAAGUGGGCUAUUGUAUAUCAUUAAUAGCAAUAUUACUAUCUCUAGCGAUAUUGGGAUAUUUCAAAUCCUUGAAAUGCGCACGUAUAACACUGCACAUGAAUCUAUUCACUUCCUUUGCAGCUAACAACUCACUAUGGUUGAUUAAAAGUUUAUUAAACUACAACAUCAGUAAGGUCUUAACCUUUAUCAUAUGGGCAACUAUGUGGUUAGAUAUAAAAUGUAAAGAAAUGAAUAACACACUAUACUUGAAUUCUUGGUUGGGUAGGGUAUGCAUGGAUCUUGAAGUGCAACCAUUUACUCAGUAG